AUGGAGGGACCCCUACCUGACAGCAAAGGGCACCCCUGGGGAGCUGGGGUAUCCAGAGUGAAGCGUGUCAGGGGCCUGGCUUCUCUCUCUGCUCCAGGGCAGCCUGCAGACAGCGACAGCAUGGGAGAUGGCCUGCAGGAACCAGAGGCCCCAGAAGUGAUGUUUGAGUUACUCUGGGCCGGGCUGGAGCUGGAUGGCAGGGGGCAACUGCACAUUCAGGAUGAGGAACUGGCGUCCACCCACCCAGGCCGCCGCCUCAGCCUCCUCCUGCAGCACUGGGUGCCCAGCGACGUGGAGGGUGUGGAACAGCGGCUGCAGCAGCUGCAACACCUGCGCGAGGGGCCUCCUCUGAGCCCCUGGGAGUUUCAGCAGCUGCUCCUCACAGGCCUGUCCUGUGUCUAUCGGCUCCACGCGGCCAGUGAGGCAGAGGAGCGGGGCCGCUGGGCCCAGGCCUUUGCCCUCCUGGCCCAGGAAACACUCUGGGACCUGUGUAAGGGUUCCUGCCCCCAGGACCAGCUACCUUCACUGGGGCCCUAGGCCUUGACCUUUAACCCCUUCCCCUGACCCUCCCUCCCACCUGUCCUUAUCCCUUGCCCCCAGCACCC